AUGCAGGAUGACUUGGAUUUCCAAUCACAUCAUCCGCGUCGAUCCGUGUCAGUCUUCGGGGCAGUGCCCCUCCGCAAGGCUCAAGCUUCCAAUGAUAUUUCAGGAGUGUGGUUCGUAGAAACCUACGGGGGCGAUGAGAGACAGAACCCCCUUGGCCUUGUCAUCCUCACCCAUAGGUAA